GAAGUAGUUGAAGGAUGGUUGACCUAUCGGUAAAUGAUUUUUGAUAUCGUAUGAGUGAAGUUAAAACAAAUGAAAAUAUCAUGUGGUGAUUACAAGGUCAAUAAACAAAACUUUCAAGCUUCCAAAAAAUUAACGCACCAUCCGUCUCAUAGAAUGAACUCCACAGACCGAGUGAGCGGGCGUGAGAGACCCUUUGACCUUGGAUGGUUACAAUUUCUUAAUCGAAAAUCUCAUUGUUUUAGAUGGAAUUGAGUGUUUUUUAUACUUUUAAUUAACAUCGUCAUAACUUUCAUAUUCACAUAAAAUUAUCUAAAAUUAUUUAAAAAUCAAAUCAUUUUAAGUUUUCUCAAAUAUUAUAUACUGACAUUGAACUCAGCUCCUUAACCAAGAUAUGCAGAUUGUAUUUAAGAAUAAAAUCCACCAAAAAAAUUUAAAAUGCAUAAUAAAAACAAAAACAACAUUUUAGGAAUAAAAUAUUAUAAAAUCAUCGUCGCAACACACCAGCAACUAUAAAUCAAAGCUAAGCAAACAACCUUUUCACCAAGUUCCUUCUCCUUCAACAAUCUUUCAUUCCUUAGAUAAGUUUACGUAAUAGACUCCAAAGAAACAAACCAUGGUUGUUGUGUUACAGCCAGUCCCAAAAUGCAAAACGAGUUCGGUUUUAAUCCCCGUUGUAGACUUCGCCGACCCAACUUCCAAAACCCAAAUCGUUAAGGCUUACGAGGAGUUAGGCUUCUUCAAAGUCGUCAACCAUGGAGUUAGACCCGAUCUUUUGACAAAGAUGGAGGAAGAAGCCACCAAGUUCUUUGCUUUGUCUCAGUCUCUCAAAGAUAAAGCCGGUCCAGCCGACCCGUUUGGAUACGGCAGUAAACGAAUCGGACUCAAAGGUGACGUGGGAUGCGUUGAGUAUAUUCUCCUCAAUGCUAAUAAUCAUCUGUCGUCUACCAAAUCCACCGCCGUUUUCCGCCAAAUCCCUGCCAUUUUCAGAGAGGCGGUGGAAGAGUACAUGGAAGAGAUGAAGGGAAUGUCGAGCAAGGUUCUUGAAAUGGUAGAAGAAGCGCUAGGGAUAGAGCCAAAGGAGAAGCUGAGCAGAUUGGUGAAGGUGAAGGAGAGUGAUUCGUGUUUUAGGAUGAACUAUUACAAGGAGAAGGAAGAGACUCAGGCCAAGGAAGAGAUUGGGUUCGGUGAGCACACUGAUCCACAGUUAAUAUCAGUGCUCAAAUCAAACGACACUGAGGGCUUACAAAUCUGUUUGAAAGAUGGGACUUGGGUCCCUGUUCCACCUGAUCACUCUUCUUUCUUUGUUUUUGUCGGAGAUACUCUUCAGGUGAUGACUAACGGAAGAUUCAAGAGUGUGAAACACAGAGUGCUCAAAAAUAUAAAGAGGUCAAGAUUAUCGAUGAUCUACUUCGCAGGUCCUCCGUUGGCGGAGAAGAUUGCACCAUUGGCAUGCCUUGUCCCCAAGCAAGAGGAUUAUCUUUAUAAAGAGCUUACUUGGUCUCAAUACAAGUCAUAUGGUUACAAGACUAAGCUUGGUGACUAUAGGCUUGGUCUCUUUGAGAAAUAACUUCCAUUUUUUUUUGUCAGCAAUAACUUCCAUCUUCUAUAUUUAAUGUUUGAGAUACUUUUAUAUCUCUUUAGUUUUUUUUCUGAAAAAAAUAUAUGAGUUUUUGUUGUUGUUAUUUUAGAAAUUCAAUCAUUUCUUUUAGUUUAUAAGUUUGUACCAAGAAGGGCAAAAUA